UGUAGAAGUACCUAAAAAUGGAAACGUAGGUAUUAACAAAAUGAAUGAAUUGGAAAAACGAAAGAAUUAUACAUAUCUGAAUAACGAGAUUGAGGAUAUAAGGUUUAUGAGGUUUGAAGGCAAUAAUAAAUAUAUGAAAAGUAUUCAAAGGCGUGGUGGAAAUGCUAAAAUACAUAAGCCAAGAGCGAAGAGAAAAGUGAAUGUUAGUUCAAGUGAAGCCGUUAAUAAUGGAUGCAUAAGGAAUUUGAAAUGUGCAGAAAAUGGUGGUUUAUAUGAGCGGCAUGAUCUUGGGUUAUGUAAUCGAAAUCGAAUGGGUCGAGCAGUGAUAAAUCAAGUGGACCACUGUACAACCAAAGAAAGUGGUGAUUCGAUUGAUGUGAAUGAAAAGAAAAGUAACAAUUUGCUGAUAUUAAGUGAGAAAAUAAUUCAAAGAAAGCAGGCUGAGGAAAUAGCCCGAAGAAAUGAACAUGGUGAAAAGGUGUGUAAUAAAGCCGCUAAAAAUGAUCAGAGAGAAUAUUUUGAAGCGAUGGUAACUCAGAAUGGAAUAAAUGAUAAGAAUAAAGGUGUAGUUACAAUGUGCACAAUAAAUAGUGACGAAAAGGAGAUCGAUGAAAGUGAUGGUAAGAAUAUGAUGAAACCUGAAAAUAUAGAUGAUGUUGAUGAAGCGGUAAAAAGGGUGAAAGUAAAUGGAGGAUUUGCAAGAACGUCAAUUAGGCUUAGUUCGAAUGUGAAUAAAAUAAGCAUGGAGUAUGUGAAAAAGAAAAGACAUGCCUGGAAAUGUAUAAAUAAAGGAACUAGUGGUCAUAAUGAGUUCGUUGGUUAUGUUCCCGAACUCGAGGUUGAUGUUAAUGGUGUUAAGGUAGUUCAGAAGUUCUAUGUAAAGCAUGGAUUAACUUCUGAUGUCAUUCUUGGAAUGCCAUGGAUCACAAAAACAAGAGAAGAUAAAUUUGUAGAUGUUAGGUGUGUUAAAGGUGAAUUGAUUAAGGAUGAUCAUGUUAAUGGUGAAGAAGAGAAAAAAAGGAUCGUUAAUAAAAAGAAGAACUUUGAUGAAUCAAAACAGAUAGGUAAAAUAAAAGAUGAAAGUAUACCUGAC